UCGGGAAAUGGGUAGAAUGGAAAAACUAACGCAAUUUGAUGAUAAUGAUAUACCUAUAAGUUCAAAAGAGGAAUGGGUUCCAGAAGAAAAACAUGAAUGGAAAAUGGAACCUCAUGGAUGGAUACCAUCAUUUAAUGAAUAUUCUAAUGGAAAGAUCAAUAUAUAUAGACUUUUAAUGAUGGAUCGGAUAGCAUGGUUAUCCUGGAAAGAUGAAGAUAAUGAUCCAGAUAAAGAUGACGCUAUUAUUUAG